AUGGAGCUGAAUGCUGGCAAAUGUGUUGUACUAUCUUUUAAACGUAGUUCUAACAUCAUCUUAAUAGACUAUUUGCUGGAUAAUGCUCCACUGAGAAGAGUUGUUAAAUUCAAGGACUUGGGUGUGUUCCAUUCAUCUUCUCUCAGUCCCUACGAUCCAUACAUACAGCAUAUAGUUUCUAGAGCCAACUCGUUGCUUGGAUUCAUCUUCAGAUCAACUAAACACUUCGUCUCGCCAUACUCUAUGGUAAUCUUGUACAAAGCCCUAGUCCGCCCUAUUCUUGAGUAUGGGUCUAUUAUCUGGUCGCCUUAUCAACUCAACCAUGUACACAGUCUAAACAACGUACAGAAACGCUUUGUCAGGAUGCUUGGCUGCCGGCUUGGCUGGAACUAUUUUGGCACUCCCAUUGCUGAGAUUGAAAACCAAUUUGCUCUCCGUCCACUGGAUUCGAGGCGUCAAAUCACUAACUUGGUUACGUUAUACAAGCUAGUAAAUGGAUUGGUUGACUGCCCGGUUCUACUCAGCAGUGUUGAUCUCUCUGUCUGA